CUCGAACAAAGAGUCCUCUAGUACAACAGCUUCCGGCACGACUCUAUCACUGUCGAAACUGGACAGGAUGAACAUCCAGACAUUGAUUCACGACUACCGGGCUCACACCUGGGAUAUCAACUGCAAAACUGUCUGGGUCUGGAAGAAUCCAACUUGUCAUGCUGAUUUUGGAUUCUAAAAAAAUCUGUAUUGCAUGAGCAGCAAAGAGAGUCCAAGUUUUGCGUACACGGAAGGAGCAUUUGUCAUUCGGUAUAGGCAUCAGGAAGCCCUCACAAAAUCUGUGAUGCUAGGGCAUGCAUCACAGACAUCAGGAGUCAUGCAAAAUGUGCAUGACAAACCUGGCAAUCUUGCAGACCCAGACACUUUUGCAUUUGAUAUGGGAGAAAGAGGAGAUGCUGGAGAAGGCUGAGCAAAGCGGAG